CCUAAUUACAUGAAGAACAAUUACACUCACAUUCAAUCGUUUGAUAGCAUAGGAAGAAGAACGGUUUUGACUAGUAUUUUGUUUCUAUUGUGACAAUAUUAACCACUUAGUUUGAGAGUGUCCGGAUUAUAUUCGUAUUGUGUACAUUUCUGCAGCAUAUGAACACAUAUUGAACGUAAGCUUAAACACUACAGCUGGAGAAAGAAUGAAAAUCAAACCAAUAAUAUUCACUUUGAUCGUAUUUGUAGCUGGGUCAAGUACGUUACCCUGUGGGCCUGAUAGAGCAUGCUCCUGUGAUCUUUAUAACCAGAUGGAUUGCUCCGAGACAAUGCUUCCAAUAUGGAAAAUUUGUGAACUUAUAAGCACCAUGACAUAUAAGAAUAUUUCUUAUCUGCAUAUGGAACGAAACGGCUACCGAAGCAUAGACAGACUUGACUUGAAGGGAUGUGAUAACCUGUACGAGAUAUACUUUGGGGAAAAUAAAAUCGGCGUUAUAGAGAAAGGUGCGUUUGCCAGCCUUGAUCGUAUCACUUUACUCGAUUUUGGCAACAACAGUUUGGCUGUCUAUAACGAAAAAGAUCGCCAGAACCUUACAUUUCCGCCAACAGUCAAGAAACUGAUGUUGAAUGGGAAUCUGAAAGUAAACACCAGUGGACAUUUAUCAUACCCAGACUUAUCAUAUCUCAUUAACCUUGAAGUGCUGCAUAUGGAUGGGAUCAGGGACAGAGUAAUUCCGGCGAGUUAUCGUUGGCUUGGAAGGUUGGAAACUGUAGAACUAUCUGGGUUAAAUGGAAAAUGCAACAUUACACAAAUAACAAAUUCGACACUGGAAAACAUUCCUUAUGUAAGAAAUUUGAAUAUGUCUUCUUGUAAUAUAGAAAGCAUAGAUGCCGGUGCAUUUAACAAUAUGCCACACUUAGAAAUAUUAGACUUGUCUCAGAAUUUCCGCCUUGGAUUUCGUGUGUUAAAAAACAUCACAUACAGCCUACAAUUUACCAAUAUCUUUAGCCUAAACUACUCUAAAGUACAUAGUACUUUCGGUUUAGGCACCCAGAUCAGAAAGCAAGAUGUAUGUUACGUUUGGAAUACAUCUUUGACUGAAUUUGUCCUCAACAGUAACCGACUUCAAUCAUUUGAAACAAACGCGCUAAUGUUAUUACCUCACACUGUUAAAAAAAUGCGUGUAGAGGACAACAUAUUUACGUUUGGACCUUACUUACUGCAAUUAGGAUGUAUGGAGAAUGUAAACGAAGUUUACGCAAAUAAACAAAAUACAGCACACAAUCCUAUUUUAUUUCAAAAUGAACCGAUUGAUACCUACAACGAAAAUACCAGAGACAAUUCUAAGACUUAUUGUCCAUAUAUGCAAAAUGAAUUCUUGAAAAAUAUAAGCAGUUUGAAUAACAGAUGUCCUUAUUUUGAAAACGACAAAAUUGAUAUAUAUAAGAAUUGGCCAAUGUUUCCAAGGAAAUUAAAAAGAUUUGAAUUUGCUGAGUCAGACAUGAAAUAUAGACUAACCAAAUUUCCUGUUUUGCCACCCCUCGAAUCUAUGGAAUACGCGGAUGCUUCUGGAAACAUUCUGUAUUCUUGGAUAGGACCCAUUGGUCCUUUUCCAAAUCUGAAAUAUGUGAAUUUAUCACGAAAUUAUUGUUCACAUAUUGAAUCAAAGUUCUUUGAUUACUUCUUAAACGUUGAGAAUCUGCAACUGCAAGAAAAUUUCAUCGGUUUAGUGCUUUCAGAUGAGAAAUAUGGACCUGUAGUGUUUGAUAAGCUGGUAAGUGUUAAAGUUUUAAACUUGUCAUCAAAUAUCAUUUCUUUCCUUCCAACAAAAGUAUUUGCUAAGAUGUCAAAGCUAGAGACACUAGAUCUGAGUGUGAAUAAUAUUGAAGCUUGGACUAUGGACACGAGUACAAUGAACAGUCUGCUACAUUUGAAUCUGAAAUUCAAUUUUUUCCACACUCUCCCUGCCAUGCUCACAAACAAGCUGGAAGUUAAUGCAGACCGAUUGGGAAAACAAUUCACAACUGAUCUUAGAAAUAAUGAUAUCAAAAUCACAUGUGAAGAAAAGGAAUAUUUGAAAUGGAUGGUUAAAUACAAAAAUAACAUGCUUCAUUUCAAUGAGUAUAUUUUUCACGACACAACAGGUGCAAAACUGUCAGUUGAUGAAUUCGUGAAAUCUGUAAAUAAUAUUGAGAAGGAAUGCCGCUCGUACCUAGGUUUAAUAGUUUUUAAUUCCAUGGCAAUUACCGUUUUUCUUGCAAUUGUUGCCGGUGGUUUCAUCUAUAAAAAUCGAUGGAAACUAAGAUAUAUGAUAAGAAUAACUAAAAUGAGGCAUUUUGGCUAUAACAAACUAUAUAAUCAUCCGAAAGAAGUGGGGAAUUUUAUGUAUGACGCGUUCAUAUCAUAUGCAAAUGAAGAUUUGCGUUUCAUCCUAGACAAGAUAAUUCCGAACCUGGAAAGACAAGGAAAACAGUUGUGCAUUCACGAUAGGGACUUUAUACCUGGAAACAACAUCGCCGACAAUAUCAUAGAUGCUAUAAGAAGCAGCAGAAAAACCGUCGUUAUUCUUUCACAAGACUUCUUGAAAAGCAAGUGGUGCCUUUACGAGUUCAAUAUAGCGAGAAUGGAAAGCAUCUACUCGCGUGAUGGAGUGAAUUGCCUUCUAGUUGUAAUAUUUGGAGACGUUCCAACUAAACUUAUGACCACAGAAAUGUUAGAUUGGAUAAAAUCAAAUACAUACAUAGAGUACACAACUGACGAGGAAGGGGAGCUGCUCUUUUGGGAGAAUAUGAAGGAAGCUUUAAUGAAUAAUUGAACCAACUUGACAUCAUAUGAGAUGUUUGCAACAGAGGAAUUAUAUAAUACCAGAUCAACUUAACUGUGUAAAGUAUUAAAAUUUAAAUUUGACUAAAUAGAAAUGUUUUGUAUGCAGCCAACUACAAGCACGUAGUAAGCAUCGGUUGUCAGAGAAGAUUAGUAACGCCGAUUUGUGUAAAUAGUUAGAUGAUUUUAUAAGCAGCCAAUAUCUGGUGCUGUUGACUUUCUUAAAUAGAAAAAAGAACUUCAGUUUCGUAUUGUUAUUAUGUGGCGGUGCCUUUUAUACAAUUAAAAGCACAGUUAAACAAAAAAAUAAAAAUAGUUUCAGUAGUAUGCACGUUCUCUAAUGACUAUUCUGGUAAUGAAUUAAAAAAUGAAAAUGUUAUGGUGAGUUUAAUAACAUAUCUUAUAUACUUCGUAUUGCAGAAUUGGUAGUUAUAUUUAAGUAUGCACUGCCGGUACUCUCGAAAUACUUGUAUAAACUCAUAUGAAGCAUUUUCUAUCUGUAGAGUUUAAUCACUUCCUUGUCAUUAACUUCGUAAGUACUACAAUAACCAUGCAAUCACAGAUUUAUGAGAGAAAAAAGAGAAUCCCUAAUUUUUGUCGUGAAGUCUUAAGUGGAAUGUAAUGAAUGAUUAACUGAAGUACCGAUUCGUGCAUUUUGUAACAGUGAGUUAUGCAAAUUUAGUUUCAAGGGCGGGAUGUAUUUUUUUUGUUGGAUUUAACGUCGCACUGACACAUGAUAGGUCAGAUGGCGAUUAAUAGUUUGUUAUGUGCAUUUUUCAAUAUAUUCGGUACAAAUUAUAAUUUUUUAUGUAUAUAAAGCAGUUUGUUAUGUACAUUUACAUGUACUAGUUUGUCCUGUACCUUUCUUAGUUUGUGUUGUGCAUUUAGCAGUUUGUUCUGUGUACAAUUAAAAGUUCGUUAUGUGCAUUUUCCAAUAUAUUUGGUAUAAAUUAUAAUUUGUUAUAUAGAUAAAGCUGUAGAAAAAUGCACAUAACGAACUAUCAAUUGUACGGAACAAACUGUUAAAUGCACAACACAAACUAAGAAAUGUACCGGACAAACUAAUAAAUGUACUUUACAAAUUGUUUUAUCUACAUAACAAAUUAUUAUUUGUACCAAAUAUAUUGGAAAUGCACGAGCUAUUAAUUGUACAGAACAAACUACUAAAUGCACAACACAAAUUAAUUAAUGUACAUAACAAACAGUUUUAUCUACAUAACAAAGUAUAAUUUUGCAUGGGUCGUCUAGCAUUUCUUCUACAUAUAAUAGGGUAAUUAUAACAGUAGCUCGAUCUUGGAUGCAGUAUUCGGCUCGUGUGGAUAUCUUUUGCCAGAUCGGAUCUCACGAGGCGCGCAUGUGGCGAUUGCAAAAUCCACGAGAGCCGAAUACAAAAUCCCAGAUCUAGCUACUGUUGUAAUGACCCUUUUAUUAUAUACAUCCAAUUUUUGUUUGUUUAUUUGUAAUCAACGAUGUUAAAAUGAGAUGAGUGAUGUUUCGUGUGCGCAAAAGGUAGAAAACGGAGUUUUAUCUGCCUGGUCAUAUUUACUGGUGAAAUACUAUCCCAAUUUUAAACAUUAUUUAUAUAGGUACUAAAUAAUAAAAACAUAUAUUCUAGAUGCACACACACACACACACACAC